AUGACCGUGGUCCCGAGGUUGCCUUGGCCGGUGGUCCUGGUCGGGGUGCUCCUCGGCGAGGCCGCUUCUUUCGUCCUGGAGGGAUCCUCGACGAGCUACGCGCAGUUCCGCAAGUGGAACGCGGCUCUCAAUGGCACCCUCGAGUUGGAGUUCAAGACCGAGCAGGGCAACGGGCUGCUCCUCUACACGGACGACGGGGGCACCUACGACUUCUUCGAGGUGAAGCUGGUGGAGAGCGCCCUGAGGCUGCGCUACAACCUCGGCGGCGGCGCCCAGAUCGUCACUGUCGGCCACGACCUCGGCGACGGGCACUGGCACAAGGUGCAGAUAACUCGCAACAACGAGAACACCAGCCUCACCGUCGACGGCGUGGGCGCGACUUCGACCUCCAGGGGCAAGGAGUUCGAGUUCGGCAAGCUCGCCGGCAACUCCGACGUCUACGUGGGGGGUCUUCCGGGAUGGUAUUACAGCAAGCUUACGCUGUUGGCGCUGCCUAGCGUCAUCUUCGAGCCCAGGUUCAACGGCGUCAUCAGGAACCUCGUCUACGCCGACGGGGAGAACCUCGUGCCCAGGCGGCAGGAGAUGAAGAGCAGGGACGCCAAGUGUGGAGGCUUUCCAUGUGUGGAGGGUGCAGCGCAACGAAAGUCCCCGAGGAGCUUGCGAGGCAUGAUGGCGGCCAACACGACGGACGCUUGCGAGACACGCGAUCCGUGCCAGCACGGAGGCAUAUGCAUCUCCACUGACAGCGGUCCCAUUUGCGAGUGUCGCACCGGGGACUACGAGGGUGUCUACUGUGAGAAAGAGGCAUGGAGCACGGUGCUGCCUACUUCCGGUGCUGGUGAAUUCUGGGCAUGGGAUUACAACAAAGCCCCCUCCGAGGCCUCCUUCCGCGGCACGGAGUACCUGACGAUAGACCUCAGCAAGGGGGACCCGGUCCUCAGCACCCAGGAGUCCGUCAGCCUCCACUUCAAGACCAGACAGCCCAACGGGCUCCUCUUCUACUCGGGGGAAGGCGGCGACUACUUGACGGUGUCUUUACGGGACGGUGGGACGGCGAUCGGGAUGACGUUGGCGAACGGCAGGCUGGACCUCCACAUCAAGCCCCUAAGGGUGCGCUUCGACGACAACCAGUGGCACAGGAUCGUCGUGCACAGGAAAGUCCAGGAGAUCUCGUCCAUCACGAGCUUUUGCAGGCUCUCGGCUGUCGUGGACGGGAUUUAUGCCGAGCACGGGCACACCGCGGGUUCGUUCACCAGGUUGGCCAGUGAUCGUCUUCUGGUCGGGGGCGGCGCCGACGCCAGGUCUCUUCAGGGUGCCAAGGGGAUCAACAACUUCGUGGGAUGCCUUCGUAAGGUGGAGUUCACCGCGGAGGGCAUCCGAAUGGAGCUGAUAGAGGCUGCCAGGAGCGGCGCUGCAGGUGCAGCUGCAUGGGGGAAGAUGGAGUUCCACUGUCGCGAGCCCAGGGCCAGCGACGCCGUCACCUUCACCACGAGGGACUCGCACCUGCAGGCACCGUCGGCGAUGAGCUCGAGGCGACUGCACGGAGCUGUGGUCACCUUUACCAGCCCCGAGUCCCACCUGGUUCUGCCACCUUGGAAAGCGGCCAAAUCUGGGAGUAUAUCCUUCAAAAUUCGGACCAACGAACCCACGGGAUUGGUCAUGUACAGCAGGAGCGGAGCGCACUCGAGGCCGGACCUCUUCGCCUUCGAGAUCUUGGGUGGUCACCUGUACCUCCACGCCGACCUGGGCAGCGGCCCCGUCAAGGUGCGAGCGUCGCGACGGCGCGUCGACGACGGAGCGUGGCACGACGUCGCCCUGCGUCGCGUCGACCGGGACGGCCGCGUCACCGUCGACGGCGCCACCGUGGAGUUUCGUACACCGGGUGAUUCCACUCAGCUGGACCUGGACGGAUUGUUGUACAUCGGGGGCGUCGGUGCACCCUUUGCCCCCCUUACGGUUCCUGCGGUUUUGUGGAGCGGUUCACUUCGCCAGGGCUACGUGGGGUGCAUGAGAGACCUCGUCAUCAACGGACAUCCGGUCGACAUCGCAGGGUAUGCUCAGCAGCAGGACUCAGGUGCAGUGCGGCCGGCAUGCCACCACGUGCAACCCCCGCACUGUCCCUCUCAGCCUUGUAUGCACGGCGGCCAUUGUCUCGAAGGGUGGAACAGAUUCCAUUGCGACUGUACAGGGACACCUUUCACGGGUCCCACGUGCGGAAAAGAUGCGUCGACCCUGCACCUAAAUGGCUCCCAGCAGAUGACGGCGCUGAUGCCGGAGGACUCGAAGACCCAAGCUGAAGAGGUGGUGGUUCGCUUCAAGACCACCAAACCUCGAGGUCUUUUGUUAGCGACUAGUCUGGAGAACAGCGCCGAUCGCCUGCAACUUAGCCUGGAAGAAGGAAAGGCUAAAAUGUUGAUACACAUCGGUGAUCGAGAGAAAAUCCUGACCGCCGGACAGGGCCUCAACGACGACGUGUGGCACACUUUGAGGUUCUCUCGAAGAGCCAGCUCUCUGAAGCUGCAGGUCGACGACGAGCCGGCAGUCAGGGCCGAGACGCUCCUGGGCAAACAGAGCAUCCUGGAGUUCCGCACCCUCCACGUGGGCGGAUAUCUCCACUCCGGGGAAGGCGUUCCCCACUUCGUGGGCCAACUUCAGCAAGUCUGGUUCAACGGGUACCCCUAUUUGGAGAUCGCUAGGAGCGCGGGGAUGCACCAAGGCUCUCAUCAAGGUGUCACGCCCAUUAUCCGGGUCACUGGGAAAUUUGGCAAGCGGAAUCACCCCGUCCAUCAUCCCGUCACGUUCACCUCGAAGCACACCUUCGUCGGCUUGCCGGUACUCAAGGCCUACGUCGAGACCAACAUCUACUUCCAGUUCAAGACCCGGGAGCCGAACGGCCUGCUGCUGUACAACGCCGGCAGGGAACGCGACUUCAUCGCCGUUGAGCUUGUCAAUGGACACAUCCACUACGUCUUCGACCUCGGCGACGGUCCCGUCAGGGUGCGAGACAACUCCAGGUCGAAGUUGAACGACGGCCGCUGGCAUGCCGUGAACAUUGGCAGACCUGCUCCGAAACGACACACCUUGGCAGUCGACGACCACGUGGCAGCUGUCAACAGUCAGGGCAGCAAUGAAAACCUCGACCUCGAUGGGAUCCUCUAUAUCGGUGGCGUGGAAAGAGCUCAGUACGCCCAAUUGCCGAAGCAUAUCCUCAGCAAGGACGGCUUUGAAGGAUGUCUUGCAUCCUUGGACCUCAGCGGGGAGAGUCCUGACUUGAUAGCCGACGCCGUCGUCCCCAGCUCCCUGGUUGAGCCUGGAUGCGACGCCUUUGGGAACGUGCAUCCUGGGAAGAAGUGCACUCAUGACCUGUGUGCUAAUCACGGCACCUGUGUGCAGCAGUGGAAUAGUUAUACUUGCGACUGCGACAUGACCAGCUUCAGCGGGCCGACAUGUAACGACGAAGCGACUGCAUACGAAUUUGGACCUGGCAGGGGCCUCGUCAUGUACACCUUCCCUCCGGAUCGACGACCUGAGAUGAAAAGAGACACCGUGGCCUUAGGAUUCGUCACCAGCAACAGCGACGCUGUGCUGCUGCGAGUAGAGUCGGCCUCCAGCAACGACUACCUGGAGAUUGAAAUUGUGGAAGGCAACGUCUUCGCCGUGUACAACAUGGGCACCAAUGACCACCCCAUUGGCGAGGUCGGAGUUAAGGUGAACGACAAUCAGUACCACGUCAUCAGGUUCACCAGGAGCGGAGCCAAUAGCACUCUUCAGGUGGACGACUACAAUCUGCAGGCCAACCAUCCGUCCG